AUGUUAGCCGUGGGGCAGAUGGACGGGUCCAGACAGAGCGCUUUCCUCUUAAGCACCCCACCUUUAGCAGCUCUGCAUAGCAUGGCGGAGAUGAAGACCCCACUCUACCCAGCCUACCCGUUAUCUUCCACCGGGCCGGCCUCUUCUACCUCACCUACUGCCACCUCUCCAAACCCCGGUGGCAUCCCGGUGUCCUCACCGGGGAUCAAACCAUCCUCCGGAAUGUCAUCUCUCGGAUCCCCCCAUCAAUGCAGCGCGCUAGGAACACCUCAUGGAAUAAACGACAUCCUCAGUCGUCCCUCGAUCCUUUCCCCAGGAGCUGCUGCUGCCGUUGCUGCGUCCUCUUCUGCCGGAAUCUUGUCCGGAAUGCCCCGCUUCAGUAGCUUGAGCCCCCCGCCACCCCAUGGGCUCUACUUCAGCCCCAGCGCUGCAGCAGUGGCAGUGGCUCGCUACCCCAAGCCGUUGACAGACCUUCCAGGCAGGACCCCGAUAUUCUGGCCAGGAGUCAUGCAAAGCCCACACUGGAGAGACGCCAGAUUCGCAUGUUCACCCCAUCAGAAUUCUGUACUGCUCGACAAAGAUGGAAAAAGAAAACAUACACGUCCCACCUUCUCUGGACAACAAAUCUUUGCCCUGGAAAAGACUUUUGAACAAACGAAAUACCUCGCUGGGCCAGAGAGAGCACGACUGGCCUAUUCGUUGGGAAUGACAGAGAGCCAAGUGAAGGUGUGGUUUCAAAACCGAAGAACUAAAUGGAGAAAACGGCACGCGGCUGAGAUGGCUUCGGCAAAGAAGAAGCAGGAUUCUGAGACCGAGAGGCUGAAAGGGGCUUCGGAGAACGAAGAUGAUGAUGAUGAUUAUAACAAGCCGUUGGACCCUAACUCAGACGACGAGAAAAUAACACAACUACUGAAAAAACACAAACCAAACUCCUCACUCCUUAUUCAUACGUCAGAAAACGACAGUUCGUAG